GCUGGCCUGGCAGUGAUGGCGGACGAUGGGGAUGGGCAGCUGAGGACUGAGGGGAGCGACGGGCUGGGGGUGGCGGGCGUGGAGGAGGAGACGGUGGCGGCGGGGGAAGGGGGGGUGGCCGGCGGGGAGAUGCUGCUGAGCUUGGGGCUGCUGGCGCUGGCGCUGCUGGCGGCCUACGGGCUCUACGUGCGCUGGGGCCGGCGGAGCGGGCCGGGGGCCGCGGCGCAGCAGAACCAGGCCGCCGCCCUGCCCCGUAUGAAGCGCCGGGACUUCACGCUGGAGCAGCUGCGCGAGUUCGACGGCGCCCGCAAGCCGCACAUCCUGCUGGCCGUUAACGGCAAGGUCUUCGACGUCACCAACGGCAGCAAGUUCUACGGGCCCGAGGGUCCUUACGGAAUAUUUGCUGGCAGAGAUGCCUCCAGGGGACUAGCAACUUUCUGUCUAGAUAAGGAUGCACUCAGAGAUGAAUAUGACGACCUAUCGGACUUAAAUGCUGUACAGAUGGAAAGUGUUAGAGAAUGGGAAAUGCAAUUUAAAGAAAAAUAUGACUACGUAGGUAGACUCCUAAAGCCAGGGGAAGAACCAUCAGAAUAUACAGAUGAAGAAGAUACCAAGGAUCACACUAAACAGGAUUGAACUUUGUAAACAACCAAAGUCAGGGGCCUUCGGAACUGCAACCUCUUUAUUCCCCAUCACAGAAUAUCCUGCAUCUUUGGGUACAGUUCAUCUGCUGCGAAAAACAUUCAACAGGUUUUGUACAAGGAAAAUAACAUAUACUCACAAUGAAGAUUUGAAUACUAGGCAUUAUUUGUGCUGCCAAACUCUUCUGUUGCAAUUGAUUUGUAAUGUCUAGUAAGGCUUCAUUAAUGAAGAGGGGCCAGAGAUUUAAAAGACAAAAAAAGCUGUUCUCUUUUUUUUUUUUUUUUUUCUCAUCAGUAAGUGGAAGCCUCAAAUAGUACCUAUUUACAAGGUCUUCAAAGGAGUGAGUCUUUAAGAGAAUGAAAAGCUUGAGUCCUGUUUCAUGUGUUUUCUCCUCUAGUAUUACAGUAAAACGUACAUAUGUACAUCAAUACCAGUAAUCUUGGCUACUGAAACUGGUGUUUAAAAUGUGAAUUUCCAAAUUUUGUUUUGUAUGUGGGUGUGUUUAGCCCUGGCAUAAAAACUUCAGUUUUCUAAGAGAAGUCCAUGCCAAUUAGAAUGGGGUACAAUUAGUACUCUUUUCUAAAGGAUGUGGCAAAAUUACUUCCUCUGAGCAACUAUUAUCUGAAGCCUGCCGUUUACCCGUUCCCUUCCCCUCAGUGAAAAUCGAUAUUAAUUGUGCCUUAUUUCUCUUGCAUAGACUUGAAUUGUUUUAAGGGAAUGCCCCAAAUAUGUGGCUUAAUAGUCACUACAAGCAGCAUUGAGACUGAAGUUAGAAUGUUUUGUUGACUGGAAAACCUUGAUGUCAUUCUGUGUAUAGAAUGUAAAGGAAUACUCAGUGUUACUGCCAUAUGUUAAUAUACAUAAAGUUAAUAGCAUUGUGAUGGCCAAAUGCAUUCUCCCAUGCUUCUUUUUAAGUAAUUAAAAAAAAAAAAUCUUUCCCUUCCCCUAUGCCCCCGAGGAGUUGUCUAACUUGGGAGCCUAGCCUUCACACCCCUAGAAAUUGAAGGGGUCUGUGUGUGUGUGUUUCUGUGCGUGUCUGUCUGAAUGCAAGACUUGGGAGGGAUUGUUUCUGCAGAUAUUGUAAAUAUGAGUACCAUUUUAAUAAAGCAUGUACAAUACCAAAUGUGCUGUCAGACUUUGUAUAGAUGAUGUUAGCCAGUGCACUGGAAUAUGUUGAAAUACAGAAUAAGGAAAAAAUCUUGGGUGUGAAAUGUUUUUUGCACUGCUGUUAAAGCUGUACAUAGCUUUAUUGUUACCUUUUCUAGUAAUCCUCCUUUGUGGGGAAAUCCUCAGAAGAUAUCAUGUAUUCAGGUAAGGUUUGGUUUAAAUACAUAUAUGUAACAUCAAGAAUAUAAGCUAACUGUACGUGUAGAAAUGAAGCACUAGGGAAUAGCAGUACAAUGCACAAUAAAUGUGAUGUGCUCCACUC